GACAGCGACGCCUGCAAGCAGUUUUUUUGUCAGCUGGUGGCUGCGAUUCCCAGCUACGUCAACUAUUUAGCAAGACAACAACAAGUUAACUCGAGCUUUAAAAAUGAGUGAACAGAGAGCUCAACCUUUACAGGACGAGUUUAAAGAACUUUAACUAAGAGUCAGCCUUAACCGCGUCCUCCAGCCUUAUGAAAAAUACAGUUGUAUUGUCCUAGCUUGCUAGCUAACGUUAGCUAUUUGUCUUGUGAGUUACCGACAUGGCUACUGGAGAGAUGUAUUUAAGUCAGACUUACCGUCAACCAUCGGCGAGCAUAAAGCAGGAGCAGGAUGACGACUCGGACGUGGAGGAAACUCACCUGGGGCUACGGAGGCCAGACGGGCUGGAGUCUCAGAUCAUCCACAGCGGACACUUUAUGGUGUCCUCGCCCCAUUGCGAGCACCCUCCGAAGAAAGGCUACGACUUCGAUACUGUCAACAAGCAGACCUGUCAGACCUAUCAUUUUGGCAAGGCGAGCAUGUCGCACCUCUCCAUAGACGCGUCCCUGACCAAACUCUUUGAGUGCAUGACUCUUGCGUACAGUGGGAAGUUGGUAUCUCCCAAAUGGAAGAAUUUCAAAGGUCUAAAACUGCUUUGGAGGGACAAGAUCCGCCUCAACAACGCCAUAUGGAGAGCCUGGUAUAUGCAGUAUGUGGAGAAAAGGGAAAAUCCAGUUUGUCACUUUGCAACUCCUCUCGAAGGAAGUAUGGACUUGGAUGUCCAACGUCCUGCAGAGGGCAGUACCACAGAGGGAAUAUGCUGGAAAAGAAGAAUUGAAAUUGUCAUAAGAGAAUAUCACAAAUGGAGAACAUACUUUAAAAAAAGGUUACAGAAGCACAAGGAUGACGACCUCUCAAGCUUGCUUAAGGGACCAGAGGAGCAGUUAUCGCUGUUCGGGGAAGUCUCUCCAGACAUGCUCCGUGUCUCCUUUUACCAGGAUGAAGAGGCCGCUGUACGCCGUGUGCCUCGUAGGCUUAAUGAAACACCAGCCCCUAUGGAGAUGGACCCUCUCUUUGACAUGGAUGUUCUGAUGUCUGAGUUUUCAGACACAUUGUUCUCUACGUUGGCCUCGCACCAGCACAUAGCCUGGCCUAAUCCAAGGGAGAUUGCUCAUGCAGGGAACGCAGACAUGAUCCAACCAGGACUCAUUCCUUUACAACCCAACUUAGACUUCAUGGACUCCUUUGAUCCACUGCAAGACUUAUUUCACAGCCUCCGUCCGCCAUCUGUCACCCCUCUACCCAGCAGCAGCUCUCAGUCACAGGCCCAGUUAAUGUCCUCCAUGCUCACAAGCAACCACAUCUCCCCUCCUGGGCCCCUGCCCACCCCUUCUCCCAUGGCCAGUCAAACCAGUCGAACAGGUGGUGGUAGUAAUGCUGCCUAUGUACAAAACUACAUGCCUCUGUUUCCUGGGCAGGUGGCGCCAAGUGAUCAAGUAGUUGUUUCCUCAGUCUCUCAGUCGUUAUCCCAUGAUCCUUUGGCACAGUGUCUUCCAGGUCGGGACAUGGCCUCAGCAGCACCCAUGGUUCCACUACCAUUGGACAACACCUCAGUGCUGGAUGAGACAGUAGCACAGUCUGUGAUUACACACACGGCCUCCUCUAUUGUCACACCCAGCGAUGCAGCCACCACCUUUAGCCACGCCUCAGAAUAUAGCUCCAUAUCUACACAACCUCCAGCUUCUCCUUCCCAACUCCAGCCCUUGGCUCCAUUACCUGCCACUCCUGUACAGCACCCUCAGACUUUUGCCUUGCCUCGCCCCUUUCUGUCACCUGGUUCAAACAAAAAACGUCUCAUCCUUUCAGCCCCUUUCCCAGGUCCCAAUGCUGUAAUUGUUACACCGACACCUCUUAAAGCAGAUGUGGUCCAUAAUGCCGGAGUGGUCAUCACUCCUUCUCAACUUGGAGGGGCCCCUGGAUUUCACGUUUUGUCUAAGACAAAGAAGUCUCCCCAGCCUAUUCUCCCCAAGGGAAAGUCUUAUUCUUCCAGCCGCAGGAAUCAGAAAGCCUCCUCUAGUGUCGGUCACAGUCAGCCUGGAUCGAGUCAUGGAUCACCAUGUGGGUUAGAUCAAGUUCCUAGUCCCCAGUCACUGAUCAGCAGCAGCAGUACAGCUCUGGUAAAGAAUGAACAAAAUCAGAGCCGGAGGACAACACACAUAUCUGCUGAGCAAAAGAGACGAUCAAACAUAAACAUUGGCUUUAAAACACUCUGCAACUUGGUUCCCACUCUAAAGUCACAAAUAAAUAUCAGUAAUGCAGUCACAUUGCAGAAGACAGUGGAUCACAUUGGGAAGCUCCAACAGGAGAGGCAGCAGUUGCAGGAAGAGGCCAAGAGACUACGUGAGGAGAUAGAAGAGCUCAACACCUCCAUUAACUCAUGUCAGGAACAGCUUCCUGCGACAGGGGUGCCCAUCAGGCGGCAUCGGGUCAGCCGCAUGCACGAGAAGUUCAAUGAGUAUGUAAAGGACCGCACUCUUCAGAACUGGAAGUUCUGGAUCUUCAGCAUCAUUAUCAAGCCUCUCUUUGAGUCAUUCAAUGGGAUGGUGUCAACUACAAGCAGGGCAGAGCUGUGUCAGACCACCCUGCAAUGGCUAGAGCGUCACUGCUCCCUUCCAGUCCUCAGACCCAUGGUGCUGAGUACCCUUCGCCAGCUCAGCACAACCACGUCCAUACUUAGUGAUCCGUCCCUGCUGCCUGAAGAAGCCCUCCAGGCCGUCUCCAACACAGACACGCAGCCAUGCUCUCAGAGGAGGUGAGGUGACCCAAGAGCCACAUGAACAUUUUAUCAGCAAUCAUUAAAAUGACAUAUGACAAGAUUACCUUCUCCUUAGCCAGUCAGCAAGGUCACCACGUCUUCCAAAGACUUCCCUGAAAAAUAAAUGAAAUGAUACUUGCAAGUUAGGUCUGGCUUUCUUUUACUCUUUAUGUACAAUGAUCAUUCAUUUGUUCUAUUUUACAAUGAUUCUUGGGAAUGAUGCACACAGAGAACGCCAUCUUUGAAAUGACAUUUAUAUAGCGAAAAUGUCUUUAAUCGUGUUAUAUUUGAAUGACAGCAACUGUUACAACCUUCUCCUGCUUUGGGUGAAGAUUUUUUGAAUACUUUCUAUAAGGGUGGUACUGGUUGUUUGCUUUUUGAACAACAAUACAUAUUUAAAUAACUUUCAUAAUUUAAAAACACAACAUUGUGUUAAAAA